AUGAGAAGGGCGUCUGGUGUUUUACGAGUUCUGGGAGGCCUAACUCAAAGAUGUUCAACCAGCUCAACCCCAUCCUCCUCCAGAUUUCCAGCAAUGAAUUCUAGAAGAAAAAGGAAUUCUGUGAGAAAAACUGCGACUAUUGAGGAUAUUGUCGAACCUCGAAAAGUUAAACAUGUAACACAAACAGCUGCGGGAAUGGGAGAAUGGAUUGGAUCACUAGAUAAUACAAACAUUCACAUGUCCCUUGAUGAAUUUAUGCGCCGUCCAAUGGUACGCCAACUUGCCAAAGAAAACGGGAUCAAUGAUAAAUUAUUCAUGCGAUCUUUCAAAUCAUUCAGAGAGUACUGUACACCAGAAGACCUAAAUUCUGUUGAUCCUGGACUUCUUAUUCUAUUAAGCGAUAUUUCAAAAGGAACAAAAGACUGUGAAAUGCUGUAUCCGUUCUUUUUAGAUCAUGCCAAACAGGUUUUUCCCCACUUGGAAGCGAUGGACGAUUUGCGAAUCAUUUCCGAUCUCACAAGACCGCACAAUUGGUAUCCUGAAGCCAGAAGUGUGACAAGAAAGAUCUUUUUUCACGCUGGACCAACGAAUAGUGGAAAAACAUAUCACGCUCUUAAACGUUUUGGUGAGGCAAAAAGUGCAGUUUUCUGUGGACCACUGAAAUUACUUGCUGCUGAAGUGUUUCAUCGAACAAAUGAACUUGGAAUACCAUGUGAUUUAGUUACUGGAGAAGAGAGAAGGUUCGCAAAAGAUAAUCAUCAUCCAAGUCAACAUCUUUCAUCUACAGUUGAAAUGUUAUCAACACAAAUGCGAGUCGAGGUUGCGGUAAUCGAUGAGAUUCAAAUGCUCCGCGACGAGCAACGUGGCUGGGCAUGGACAAGAGCUCUUCUUGGAGCAGCUGCUGAUGAGAUUCAUUUGUGCGGAGAACCAGCUGCGAUUGAUAUUGUAAAAAAGUUAUUAGAACCGAUUGGAGAAACAGUUGAAGUUCGUUAUUAUGAACGGAAAUCACCAUUAGCAAUUGCUGACAAAGCUAUUGAAUCAUAUUCAAAUAUUGAACCAGGAGAUUGCAUUGUCUGUUUUUCGAAACGAUCAAUUUUCUUCAACUCAAAAAAAUUGGAAGAGAAUGGAAUCAAACCGGCAGUAAUUUAUGGAGAUCUUCCUCCAGGAACGAAACUUGCUCAAGCUGCAAAAUUUAAUGAUCCAGAUGAUGAAUGUAAUGUCCUUGUCGCUACAGAUGCUAUUGGAAUGGGUUUGAACUUGAAUAUUCGAAGAGUUAUCUUCAAUUCAUGCACUCGACAAACUGAACUUUUGCCAACAUAUGCAGCUCUUCAAAUUGCUGGAAGAGCUGGAAGAUUUGGUACUGCAUACGCUAAUGGCGUUGCCACAACAAUGAGAAAAGAAGAUUUGGGAACACUGAAAGCUAUUUUAUCAGAGAAGAUCGAGCCGAUUGCAAACGUUGGAAUUGCACCAACAUACGAUCAAAUUGAAACAUUUUCCUUUCAUUUGCCUCAAGCUUCAUUCGUUCGACUACUUGAUCUCUUCGUAUCAGUUUGUUCAGUGUCUGAUCAUUUCUUCAUCUGCACUGUCUAUGAUAUGCGUGAACUCGCUGUACUCAUUGAUCAGAUUCCAUUACCAUUGAAAGUUCGAUACACAUUCUGUACAUCUCCAUUGAAUACUGAGGAUAAGAGAACAUCGGCAGUAUUUGUGAAAAUGGCCAGAAGGUUCUCCACUGGUCAAGCUCUUACCUACGAAUGGCUGAUCGAUAUGCUUGAAUGGCCGCCUAAACCUGCUACAACUCUUAACGAACUGAGUCUUUUGGAACAGAACUAUGAAAUUCUUGAUCAGUAUAUGUGGCUGUCAAUGCGUUUCCCAGAUAUGCUUCCAGAUGAACCGCGUGUCCGUGAAGCUUCCAAACAUCUGGAUAGCAUGAUUCAAGAAGGAGUCGAAAGUUUUAUGAGCCUUCUCUCUGUUGGAGCAACUGAAUCGAAAGCAGCAGGAAGUUCGAAGUCUUCAGAAGGAAAACGGGAAAAUCCAUCAAAAAGUGAAAGGGAAAAGCCAAAUAAAAGAUCAUCUAUUUUGGAAGCUCUUCUGAAAAGAGCCGACAUUAGUGAAGACGACUUGGAACAGUUGCGAGAAGAAUUGAAUAAAAAUAAAAAGUAAUUUCUACAAUCAUUAAUUUACAUAAAUAUUUCCAAUCUAUAAAUAGCCAGCGGGUUAUAUAUUUUUUUAAUGUUUAGGUUAGACACACCCGGUUUUCUCCUGGUGUUUAGGAUUCAUGUGUAAAUUUUGUCGUGUUCUAGAUUUUUUUUUGAUUCUUACUGUUAUUGUUGAUUCUUAUUUUAUGUUAUCUCUUUCUUACUCACUUCAUUUAUUUAGUAAAUUUUUGUUUUCG